UGAUUUAACAUUUACAAUCAAUGACUUCGAAUGCUUCGACUACACCGUCUGUGGGAUCAACCGCCACCGAUACACAUAAACGGAAUUCGGAUGAUGUUGGUUGGGAAUAUGGUUUUAUCCCGGAUAAAAGCAACUUGCAUAGAUUGAAAUGUAAAUUGUGUGGAAAAGUGUUUGGCGGAGGGAUUACUAGAAUGAAACAACAUAUUGCUCAUGUGAAGGGGAAUGUAUCUUCAUGUCCAAGUUCUACAAAAGAUGAUCAAUUGAAAUGUCGAAAUUCUAUUAAUGAAGGAAAGUUAAAAAAGAAAGCUAAACUUUCGCAGAUGAGGCCUUAAGAUUUGAGGUGAGACAAGAAUUUCAUGAUAACGUGGAUGGAGUAGAAUCUUCUUUGGGGUUGAAAGCACCAAAUAUUAUAGGCCCCAUGGAUGGCUAUGCAAACAAAAUAAACCCCGAAGAAGAUUUGAAUGUGAGAAAGGGAAAAAAUGUUGAUCUUAACAAUAUUUUCCGGAAAGAAAGAAUACUCACGGUCCAUAAGUACAUUAGUAGGUGGGCAUAUGAAGCGCAAUUCAUUUUCAUGCCUUCGAAAAGGAUAGCUUUAAAAUGAUGUUAGAGGUUGUUGGCCAAUUUGGAACCGGGCUUCCACCUCCUACUAGAUAUGCUUUGAGCGACACGCUUCUAAAGCAUGAGGUUGAAAGAACAAAAAACUUGUUAAAAAAAACAAACAAGAAUGGAAAGAGGAUGGAUGCUCGAUUAUGACAGAUGGUUGGUCUGAUCGAAAGAGAAGAGCAUUAUGAAUUUAUGUGUUAAUUCGAAGAUGGAUACUGUUUUUUUUUAUCUUCAAAAGAAUGUUCCAACAAAGCACAUACAAGCCAAAAAAUAUAUGAAUAUGUGGAGUCUUGGCAUUCAACAAGUUGGUCAUGAGCAUGUUGUUCAAAUUGUGACCGAUAAUGCCACGAAUAACAUGGGGGCGACAAAGUUGCUAAAAGAGAAAAUACCAUCUAUUUUUUGGACAUCAUGUGCGACACAUACCAUUAACCUUAUGCUUGAAGGUAUCGGUGCACUCCCAAGGUUUAAGAAAAUUCUAGAUCAAGCAAAGAAGCUAACCAUAUUCAUUUACGCUCACCACAAAAGCUUGGCGAUGAUGAGAAGUUACACCAACAAAAGAGAAAUUAUCGCGACCGGAGGGCACGAGAUUUGCUUCCACCUUUCUAACAUUACAAAGUUUGGCCGAAAAAAAAGGAGCAACUAAGACAUAUGUUCUCUAGCACCGAAUGGGAGGAAUGCAAAUUUCUAGUACGCCUAAAGGAUUGCCUCAUAUAAAACGUGUCAAGUGUCCAAUUUUGGUCCGGUGUUGCACAAUGUUUAAAGUGUUCUCCCCUUUGGUGAAAGUCCUUCGAAUGGUUGACGCGGAUUGGAAGCCCUCAAUGGGUUUUGUUUACGGGGAGAUAAAGUUGCUAAAGAAGAAUUAUCACAUCAUUGGGGCGGUAAACGAGAAAGCUUACAAGCCUAUUAUAGAUAUCAAAACAAAAAGAUGAAAGGUUCGUAUAGAUUCAAGUUUACAUUUAACGUCUUAUCUUUUAAAUCCGUAUUAUCAUUAUAAGGAUCCACAACUCCAUAUGAUCCCGAUAUAAUGAAUGCGGUUCUUGAUUUUUUUGAUACAUUACUUUGUGACAACUUUGAGAUGCAAAGGCAAGGUUGUAACAAUUGACUUGCGAAAGUACAAGUAAAAAGUUGAUAGAUUUGGUUUGCGAUCUUGCAAUUAAAAAUUGUAGGGUGAAUGAUGUCGAGUUUGAUCCGGCUAGUUGGUGGGGACUAUUUGGUGGCACAACUCCUCAUCUGACAAAGAUUGCAAUGAGGAUUCUUUCUUUGACUAGCAGUUCAUCGGGUUGUGAAAGGAAUUGGAGCACGUUUGG